AUGGGUGGAUGGCUAUCUAAAUUUGUUAUACUAAUUGUUAUCACUAGUGGAGUUUGCAUCGAGAUUGGUGCCGCGCUGACUGUGCUUGUCGCUAGCAAAAUUGGUCUGCCCAUAUCGACCACUCAUUGCAAAGUCGGCUCAGUGGUCGGAGUUGGACGAGCUCGAUCCAAAGACAAUGUGAAUUGGGGCAUCUUUCGCAACAUUUUAGUCGCUUGGCUUGUCACAUUACCCGCGUCUGGGGCUAUUUCCGCUCUGGUGAUGUACGCCCUGACAUAUGUGGUCUAA